AUGGGUGAAACAAAUUCCUCCUCAACAAACAAUCUGAAUCCCUACAAAGAUCCUCUCUUUAUUGCAGUAAAUGAGAGUGCUGCAACACCACUUGGAAGUAUCUUGUUUAAUGGAAAGAAUUUCCUGAAUUGGAGCAGAAGCAUCAGGAUUGCUCUUGGUGCCAAGAACAAACUGAGAUUCUUAGAAGGGAAGCAUCCUAAACCUUCUGAAGGUCCUGAUGAAAUCCAGAAAUGGACUAGAUGUGAUUAUAUGGUGAGGUCAUGGUUGUUGGCCACCAUGAAGCCUGAAAUUGCAAGCAGCCUUGUGACUAUGCAAUCAACUAAGAGGUUGUGGGAAGAAAUUGUUGAAAGGCAUGGGCAAACAAGUGCUCCUCUUCUCUUUCAACUGAAAAAAGACAUGUGGGAACUGCAGCAAGGGUAUCUCAGUGUAAGUGAAUACUACUGCAAAUUGAAGGAUUUUUGGGAUCAAAUCUCAGAAAUUGAAGACAUACCAGAGUGUUCUUGUGGAGCUCUGGCAAAGUGCAGCUGCAGCAUUGUCAAAAAAAUGAUUGAGAGGGAAUCAUCCACCAAGCUCAUGAAGUUUCUCAUGGGUCUGAACUCUGAUUAUGAGCAGAUGAAGACAAAUUUCCUUGGGAUGGAUCCACUGAUGCCUGUGAACAAGGUGUACAAUCUAGUCAUGCAGGUUGAGAAACAAAAGCAGAUCACAGGAGAAAUCAGUAUUGGGAGUCAAACAAGUGCUCUAGCAGCAAACAGGCAAGGAGAGAGUCUUGGUCCUCUGAUGAACUUUAAUAAGAGAGAAUACAAAAAAAUGAGACUUGAGAAGAUUGAAAGAGAUGCAAAGAAAUGUCAGCAUUGUGGAAUGAAGGGACAUUUAAGGGAAGAGUGUUUUAAGCUAGUUGGAUAUCCUGACUGGUUUAAGAACAAUCCAAAGGGAAAAGGAAACACAAGACAAGCUGCAAAUGCAACUAGGAGUGAAGAAGAAUAUUCUGGAGACAAUCCCCUGGAGUUUGGAAAUGCAGGAGGAAGUGAUGAAAGCAAUUGGUGA